UGUGGCGUAAAAGAUGUCACCGAGGCACUUCCUCCAGUCAAAUGUGCACAUUUAGUCUGUUUUGAACAUGGAGGAUCCUUAAGAAAAACGGUUAAACGGUAAACAUUGUAUAACAGCUUCCGACGAGCAGUGCGGACUCCAAUAGAUGAAGAGUCAGGUGACUCAGUUGGCGCAGUGUUUUUCUCUGACACCCGAUGUCGCUGUUAGCAAAGAUAGCCGAGUCUCUCCCGAACACAUUCGACAGUUUCCGCCAACAGUGCUUGGAGUGGGCGUGGUUAUGCAAAUGACCAACCUGUCUUGAGUAGAAAGUAAAAUAAAAAGAAGCGCCCAUCCCUUCCGCACCAGAGCAAAGACAAGACACCCGAUGAGGAGAGUCUCGAUCGGAAGGGGUGACUUGAGUCCGCCAUCAGACCCUUCUUACACGGCACGAAAUGCCACCCCACAUGGAGUACUUCUCCCAUGAGUCCCGGGUCUCCUCCGGUUGCGGGCUAACCCGGGAAGACGAGCUGGAGCCCGGUGUCAUCAGUUGCAUGCUGGUCGGGGACGGAGCCGUGGGCAAGACCACCAUGAUCGUUAGCUAUACCUCCAACGGCUACCCGGUGGAUUACCAACAGACCGGCUUUGACGUCUUUUCAGGUCAGGUUCAAGUUGAUGGAUCCCCAGUCAGAGUUCAGUUGGUGGACACAGCAGGACAGGAAGAGUUUGACGAGUUCAGGUCGCUGUCCUACUCCCACACGGACGUCUUCCUCCUGUGCUUCAGCAUGGUCAACCCCGCUUCCUUCCACAACAUCACCAAGAAGUGGGUCCCCGAGAUCCGCGCCUCCAACCCGUCCUCACCCAUCAUCCUCGUGGGCACCCAGUCGGACCUCCUCCUGGACGUCAAUGUCCUCAUCAGCCUGGACCGCUCCAACGUCAAGCCCGUGGUCAGCGCCCGAGCGCAGAGCAUGGCAGAGAAGAUCCGUGCGGCCGACUACAUCGAGUGCUCAUCCCUCACGCAGAAGAACCUGAAGGAGGUGUUUGACGCUGCCAUCUUUGCCGCCAUCAAGAACAAGGCUCGUCAGGCCAAGAAGAGGAGGUCGUCGGACAGGCGUAGUAAGGCCUUCUCCCGGUGCAGCUGGAAGAAGUUCUUUUGCUUCGUCUGAGCAUCCGCCUGUCCACGUUGUCGGCCAUGGACCCAACUUUUAAUUUAUUCUCAACGUCUAGACGUUUUUCCCAAACGGAAAUGACUUUAAAGCAGAGAGAGAAUAUGCUGGAGCUCCACGUUGGCCUUGUGGUCCUGUUUACAUGCAGUGGAGUCCGGCCACCACGGCAUGCAAAUGACGUCACUUUGCAUGCCUGCAUGGUGAAACACAGGGCGUCAAGCUUGAGUUUCAUCACACGCUCAGAAGCGCUCUCGUUGUUUUCGUCUAUUUGAAGGUGCCACAUUCUUACCAGCCGCUAAUUAUCUCACUGGGACUUUUUGCAUUGUUGUGUAAGGAACGCGUGUGCACCUUUUUGUCUUACAUGUCUGGAGGCAUAAACUAACUUUUGCUUCAGGUGAAAGGUCAGAGGAGGCCAAUCCCCUUUGACUUUCACCCUCCCGUGCAGAUUGUAGCUCAGUGUGUAGCAUUUAAAACCAGGGUUUGAGGCUCUGCUGCCCCACAAAGCAGAGAAAGGACAGUGAGAGUCGGCAUGAACUCAGUCAGGCAAAAUGACAAAAACAGCACUAAAAUGAAAUUGUGAGAAAUUGUGGCGGGGCGCCGCCCCAAUGCCAACACUGUGGGACAUGUAUGCAAGAAAAGUGUCCACUGACACUUGAGUGGAUUUCAACGUGUAUAUAUAUAUGUAUAUAAUUCAGAUUACGCUUCUUGUGGAAGUCAGCUGAAUGCAUUCUGUUUGUUUCAAAACAGUUUUUGUAUCACUUAUCUGCUACCAUGCCUCACUCGCCUCGAGCCCAUGUGUCUUCUUUCCAUGUCAGAGUGAUGUGACACAAAUAAAUCAAGUGCAAAUUA